GCGCCCGCAGGAACGAUGGCGGCGGCGGGCCGGGCCCGGCCAGCUCGGGGCUGGAGCGGGAGGGGACCGGUGCCGGCUUAGUGGGCGCGCGCCGCGCGGCAUGGCCCGCGCCCUGCGGCUGCUGCUGCUGGCGCUGGCCUGCGCCCGGCUGGGCCCGCGGCCGGCGCGCUGCCAGGAGCCUCCGCACACCCCCGACUGGCGGAUGACGCUGAAGACCAUCCGCAACGGCGUGCACAAGAUCGACGUGUACCUCAACGCGGCCCUCGACCUCCUGGGCGGCGAGGACGGCCUCUGCCAGUACAAGUGCAGCGACGGAUCAAAGCCCUUUCCUCGCUAUGGAUAUAAACCGGCACCACCAAAUGGUUGUGGAUCCCCUCUAUUUGGAGUUCAGUUUGACAUCGGUAUCCCUUCGAUGACAAAGUGCUGCAAUCACCAUGACAGAUGCUAUGAUACUUGUGGCAAUAAAAAAAAUGAUUGUGAUGAGCAGUUUCAGUCCUGCCUCUCCAAAAUUUGCAGAGAUGUGCAGAAAACGCUUGGAAUCUCAGAGAGUGUCCAGGCCUGCGAAUCAACUGUUCAGCUGUUGUUUGAUGCGGUUAUACAUUUAGGAUGUAAACCAUACCUGGAUAGCCAGAGAGCUGCAUGUAUGUGUCGUUACGAAGAUAAGACAGAUCUCUGAAAGAAGAUCCUGAGAUCUCAUGGUAUGGAAUAAUGUCAAAGACUCAGCUGGAACGAAGCAGUUGUUUGGUUACAAAGCUUUAUGCUUUUCAGACAGCAAUAUAUUAAACACUGGCAUGAAUGUA